UUCGUGAAUAUCGUCUUCUCUGUGUGUGUUUGUGAAUCGAAUGAACCAAUUUCUUUACUAGCACGUGUUUUUCAGAAAUGAAAAACAUUAAUACAACUAUUCGCUGUAGUUUAUAAAGAUUAUAAUUCUAAUUUACUAACUAUUAAUCGUUUACAAGGAGUACAUACAUCAUACAGUAUUCUAUUUUUAAACAUCUGCGGUGAUUUUUUUUGCUACUCAGUAGGGGUGAAGAUAUAUAAAAUUCCUAGAUUGGUUCAUUGUUGCCCAUCAAAAUGACUGAAAAGACCGAAAAGGAGGUGGUAACAGAGACCAACGGUGAUAAAAAUGAUAAUGGUAAAAAUGAUAGCGGCGUGCUUGACGGACAAUUGGAAAGCGCUAUCAUACGGCAGGUGGAGUACUACUUCAGUGAUGUCAAUCUGCCUCGUGACAAGUUCCUACGCGAACAAGUCAAGCUAGACGAUGGAUGGAUCCCAAUUGAAGUUCUGAUCACAUUCAAUCGACUUUCCAAGUUGUCUAAAGAUGCAGAUGUCAUUUGCAAAGCCCUGAAUAAUUCCACAUCAGGACUACUGGAAUUAUCAGAGGAUAACAAAAAAGUGAGAAGAAAUCCAGAAAUGCCAAUACCAGAGAUGAAUGAGGAACGCCGCAAAGAGCUCAUGAGUCGCACAAUUUAUGCCAAGGGUUUCCCAAAAGACUCUAUCUUGGAUGACAUGUUGAAGUUCUUCAAACAGUUUGAGGAGGUGGAGAAUGUCCUGAUGAGGAGGUACUUGGACUCACACACCAAAACUAGAGCAUUCAAAGGAUCUGUAUUUGCUACGUUCAAAACUAAGGAACAGGCUGAAAAGUUUGUGGAUUCCAAGCCUGUGAAAUAUGGAGACACAGAACUGUUAAUCUACUGGCAAGAAGAGUAUGUUAAGAUAAAGCAAGAAGAAUUUGCAGCCAAGAAAGCAAAGAAGGAACAGAAAAAAGAGAAAAAUGCAGAUGCCAAGACUGACAAGGAAGAAUUCAAGUUGCCCACUGGUACAGUGCUACAUUUCAGUGAGGGUGAUGACAAGAUGAAGAGGGAAGAUGUUAAAGAAGCCCUUGGUGCUUUAGGUGCUGAUAUAGCCUUCAUUGAUUUCAAAGUAGGCGACAGCGAAGGUUGGGUGCGUCUCAGCAAAGAAAAUGCUGCCAAAGAAAUAUCUGAAAAAAUUACCGAUGGCAAAAUAAAGAUUAAUGACAAAGAAGUUGUAUUCCGACUAUUACAAGAUGACGAAGAGAAAGCUUAUUUAGAUAAGACUGUAGAGGAGAUGGUGAAAAGGAGAAAGAACCAGCACAGUCAUCACAAACAGAAUAAAGGCAAACACUUCAAGGGCAGGCAGGGGCAGGGACGGAAACGGAAACAAGAUAACAAUGACGAUGGUCCACCAUCUAAAGUAAAAACCGACAGUUAGUUCAUAACAUAAGUGUUAUUCAUUUUUUUUAUAAUUGUGAACACUUCAAUAUAUUAUGUUGAAUUAUACUAAGCUAAGGUUUAAAAAACCUUUUUGAUGUUUAUCUAGAACCUUCGUUAAGAUGUUUUUAUUGUCUAGUUAGGUGUCAGUAGAUUAAUACCUAUUACUACCUACUGUAUCCUACUUAACUUAUAAAACUAUGGAGGCCAUAAGAUAAUUGUGUCCAUGUUAUAAUAAAUUCUAUUCAUCUCUCAG